UUGAUUGUCAAUUUUUGUUUACAUUGCGAAGGGGAUUUUUUUUGCUGGUUGAAUUGUUUAUAAGUCCGUGUCGCCGUUGAUUUGGUUCAAAACAGACUAACCAUCUUUAAUGCCUACGUUUUUUAUUGAAACAACCCAGUUCCAUCAAAUUUCCUCCAAGAAGGCAAAUCUACAAAAAUUUGAAAACACAAUACGAAAAAGUUUGAAGAAUGGGGGGAAAGGAAACGGUUCGAUUUACUUGCGGGCAUGCAAUAAAUUGUGUAAGGAAACGGCUGCAUAUAGCAACAUAUCGACCCAACACUUUGCCGAAACUUUUUAACAUAAAAUUUUAUUAAAAAGAGCAUGUUUAAUAAUCAUAUUAUGAUUGCAUAACAACCCAAAAAUAAUGCAAUUUUUAUAGUCGUAAGGCAAGGAAAGUCAGUUUUUUAGACGCACGAAGCAGUUAUUUUCUUUACAGCUCCACUCGAAAAAAAAUAAUUCUCGAUAUCCUAUAAUAUUAAUGUAUGAGUAAUGAUCAAAAAAAAUUACAUAAGGACUUGCCCGAGUCGGCAGAAGUGGAUGAGGAAACAUUUUUAAGGCGGCUUACUACUCUACGUGAACGUAUGACAGAUAGUGAGUAUUUCGCGCAAGCCUUGGUUACACUUGGGGAGGCUUUGAUAAAACUAAAAACGAUUUGCCAAACGAGAGAUAAUAAUCCAAAACGUGUAGUCUGCUUUGGAAUCGGUUCAUUCACCCGAAGUUAUCAAGCCCUCCAUCAACUGGCAUUCAUUUUAUGCAUUCAAAAGCAUUUUUCAAUUAAAGAGGCGAUCUUCUUUGAUCCGGUCUUCCGGAAAUGUGAAAAAAGUGUAUUGCAGCGGUUAGAUUGCUUGGUAAUGGCCGAUAAUUGUGAAGCCAAAUACGAAGCCGAUAUGCAAACAUUGUUCUACUUGCCGCAUUGCCCUAAUUGUCUAACGAAUAAUCUAUUAUGGCGUAAUUGGCGGAGAAAACAUUUAAAAAAUAUCAUUUUGAUAAAUAAUAGUUUCGAAAGCUUGUCCUGUAGUAAACCGGAGCGUUUAUUAAGACUGGAUUCCAACUAUAUAUUAGACAUAAUGUCGUACGCCGUCGAAUUGCCAUUAGAGGAUGAUUAUGAGGUAAAUAAUGUGUUUAACGAUUUAUCGGUUCAUAUAUUCCCGCUGGCAAAUUUGCCGCAAGAGGGGUCGGAGGUUUGGCAAGAAAAGGAACCACCUGCCUACAAAGACGUCGAGAUGGUUUCCGCUGAAGACUUUGCUAAACUAAGCAUAAACUAGGACACAAUCUGAGGAAAGAGACAAAAUGCAAAUAUACAUAUGAAAAAUAAAAGUCUACAUAACAAUCCAA